AUGUCGACAGAUAAUUAUGUUGUAUCUAAUACAUCUCCACAACUUACGGAUUUAACAGUUGAUAAUAUUACUAAGAACAUAAAGCUUGUUAACAGUCAAACACCCAAUCCUCGACUAAAGUUUUUAAUGGAAAAAUUAGCUGAUCAUCUUCAUGAUUAUAUACGUGAAACGAAAUUAACUACUGAAGAAUGGACAGAAACAAUUCAAUUCUUAACUAAAUGUGGACAAAUCUCUAAUGAUGUUCGACAAGAAUUUAUUUUAUUAAAUGAUAUAUUGGGAGUCAGCGUUCUUGUCGAUGCAUUAAAUAAUCCAAAACCAUCAAAUGCUACAGAAUCGACUGUUUUAGGACCAUUCUAUACUGAUGAUGCAGAAGAUGUAGUUAAUGGUGAAAGUAUUGCAUCACCUGGUAAAGGAGAAAUAUGUCUUGUAUUAGCUACUAUUAAAGAUACAAAAGGAAAACCAAUUCAUGGAGCUAAAAUCGAUGUUUGGGAAACAGAUGGUAAUGGACUUUAUGAUAAUCAAUAUAAAAAUCGAGAUAAACCCGAUAUGCGUGGUCGUCUUACUACAAAUAAAGAUGGAGAAUUUUAUUUUAAAUGUGUUAAACCAGUAUCUUAUGCUGUUCCCAUAGAUGGUCCCGUUGGAAAACUCUUAGGAAAACUUAAUCGACAAGCUUAUCGUCCAGCACAUAUACAUUUUCGCAUCUGGAUUCCUGAAGGUGAUUAUACAGACUUAGUCACGGCUUUAUACCUUCAAGAUGAUCCGUAUAUAACAUGUGAUGCUGUUUUUGGUGUUAAAAAAAAUCUUAUUGUAGAUAUCGGAAAGGUAGAAGACACAGCAAUUGCCAAGAAAUAUGAUGUUGAUGAACAAGACUGGUUAAUUCGAUAUGAUUUCGUAAUGACAACGACAGACGAAACUCAAGCAUUGCUUUCAAUAUCUGAACAAAAUUAA